CAGUUGAAGCUCUGGUGGCUGAUACUAUAGUCUUGCCUUGGAAGAGCGAGCUAGUGUGCUUUCGCAGCUAGUGUUAUACUUCCAGCGUUUAUUAUUGUUGUUCAGAACACAAUAAUAUCUGUGCUUUUCCUGAACAUUUUUUUAUUUAAUUUUUUCUAUUUGGUGGAUUUAUUUAACAUCUGGAGAUGAGCCGGAGGGAAUUAUGGCGGCUCCAGGAGGACCAGCGAACAUGGAGCCGUCAAGGAGAUCAUGAUGAGUCAUCCCAGACCGUGUUUGAGGAGAGGCUGCGGUCUGAGCGACGCAGAGGUAUAAGAAGAUCUCGUCCGAACACCCAGGAACAUCCAUCGAGCGGAGAAACAUCUCCACGGCUACAGAGACCUCGGAGGGAGCACAGACACCGAAGCCGCUCUCCGCUUCCUACUCCUCCGGUAGCAACAACGGACAGACCAAGCUCAGAUCCUCGCCCUGGUCCAAGCUCCCAGCAACCAGCUGAGAACGAGCAGAAUCUUCCAGCCAUGGUGAUUGAGAUCAACGGGCAGAAUCUCCCGGCCAUGAUGAUCGAGAUUGACGAGCAGAAUCUCCUGGACAUGGUGGAAGAGAUCUACGGAUUCCAAAUGACCACCAUUGCAGAGGAUGAAGCAGCACAAUCGUGUGCUAUCUGUCUGAUGGAGUACGAAGAAGGGGAGCCAGUGAUUGUCCUGUCCUGCAGCCACAGGUAUCAUCCAAGCUGCAUCUCACAGUGGCUUGCAACAAAUCUCAGCUGUCCUGUGUGCCACAGAGAGUGCAUCCUGAGGCCGGUCGUGUGCCUGAUCCGCUGAAUACAGCAGGAAGAGGAACAUCUAAAUCCCCAUCUUCUCUCCAUUCCAUACCAUCUCCGCCAUUCUGUCCAGUUCCAGCAGCUUACUACUAUGUCUCCUGUACUCCUACCACCCUCCUGCAGCCUAGGCUGGACAUAUCCUCAGACUCCAUCACCACACUGGGCCUGAUUUAGGUCUCGACGCUGUAGCGGAACAUGCAGUCAAGUACUGAUGUUUGGUACCUUGCACAUGUGCCGGACCCAUGCAUGUGCAGUACAGGUCUAUGGCGUUGGUCAUAAUUCGGUAUUAGAUUAUCAGUGAUUGAUGGUCUGAUGCUGUUUGAGGACGGGGAACGGGCGGUAACAGCCUCAGUUUCUCUAAAUGGAUUUGUGUCGCCGCCGUUGUUGGGGAGGGAUGGGGUUAAGAGCUCCGUCUGAGGUUGGAGAUUUUCUGGCUCCUUCAUAGUAGAUGAGGUGGCUGACUUGCGUGACUCCUUGGGUCACUCGGCCUGCUUCCAUGUAAGCAGCGCGAUAGCUCCUCCGUCCACAUAUGAAUUAGGCCCACUGUGCGCCUACCGGCCAGUGGCCAUCUUAUGUGUGGCACUGGGGGAAUCCUAUGCAUACCCCACAGCCAUCCUGCUUUGGACAGGAUAGUCCCACUUUUCGGGAACUGUAUGGCUGUCCCACCCACGGGGCACACUGUUACGGGGUGGUGGGGAAUUAGGGGGAGCUCUCUCACCCCUGCUCUGCAUAGCAUAGAUGCCAUGCACACAGAAUUCACCAGGGCCUGAUUCAGAGAUGGAUGCAGAUCAUACAGUAGCUGUGUCUAUGAAGGCAGCUGCUGAAUGAAAAUAUACUAAUGGCAAAAGAGGCAUCUUGUACAAACAGACCUCGCAUAAUGGAUUCUCUGAUCUGCUGCUGUUCUAAGCAUUGUACCAUCUGCAUGAGCAUCGGUCAUCUGAGUAACCCUCAGGCCUCUUCACGCCAAAAAAAAUGGGUCCAACAUCAGUGGCAGAACUUGAGAGUGGUGGGCCCAUGUGCAAAAAUUAUGCUCUGGGCCCCCCUCCUCUGCCCUACGGGAGAUGCAGUUGGUGACAGCGGGGAGAGGCUCUGGGUGACGGAAAGAGGUAGAGGGAGACAUUGGAAAUCAAAGGGUGAUGGGGAAGGCAGAGGGUGAUAGGGAGAAGCAUAGGGUGACAAAGGAAUGCAGAGGGAGACAAGGAGAGGUAGAUGGUGAUGGAGAGGCGGUGGGUUGGUUAUAGCAAAAGGCAGAGGGUGACAGGGAGAAAUUGACAUGGAGAGGGUGACAGGGAGGUAGUGGGUGAGAAGGAGACAGUUGGUAAGAGGGAGAUGGGAAGAGACAGGGAGAGGGUGACAGUGAGUGGCAGGGAGAGGGUGACAGGGUUAUGGUAAGUGGCAGGGAGAGGGUGACAGGGUGAUGGUGAGUGGCAGGGAGAGGGUGACAGGGUGAUAGGGAGUGGCAGGGAGAGAGUGACAGGGUGAUGGUGAGUGGCAGGGAGAGGGUGAUAGUGAGUGGCAGGGAGUGUUUGACAGGGUGUGGGUGAGUGGCAGGGAGAAGGUGACAGCGUGAUGGUGAGUGUCAGGGAGAGGGUGACAGGGUAAUAGGGAGUGUCAGGGAGAGGGUGACAGGAUGAUAGGGAGUGUCAGGGAGAGGGUGACAGGGUGAUAGUGACAGGAAAGGGUGGCAUGGAGAUAAUUGGUGACAGGGAGAGGGUGGCAUGAAGAUAACUGGUGACAGGGAGAGGGUGACAGUGACAGGGUGAUAGUGAGUGGCAGGGAGAUGGUAGUAUUAAGAUAAUGGGUGACAGUGACAGGGUGACAGGGCGAUAGUAUCAGGGAGAGGGUGACAGGGAGAAAGUGGCAUGGAGAUACUGGGUGACAGGGAGAGGGUGACAGUAACAGGGAGAGGAUGACAGGAUGAAUGUGGGUGACAGGGUGAUACUGAGUGGUACGGAGAGGGUGGCAUGGAGAUAGUGGGUGCUUGGGGAGGCAAUAGAGAAAAGCAAUGAAGUGGCUGCAGGCAACGUCAUUCAAAAGUUUACUUACAAUACUUCUGUGUCCAGGUCCUACAAUACAUCUGUGUCCAGGUCCAGGUCAGAUGAGCGUUGCUUGGCUGUGAGAUGGGCUGGGCUGUCUCUACAUGCAGUGGCAGGGCUGGCCUCCAUCCACUCAUCUUGGCCACGAUGCAGGGGCAGAUCUAGACUUUACUUUUAGGGGGGGUAAUUAUUUAUCCUGACUCCUCCCCUUUCUCAUGCCAACCCCUCCCCUUUACAGUGUCUUUUACGGUGACCUGGGCCAAGUGCCCAGCGUCACUCCUUAUAUGCGGCUCAGGCCUAUGGGUCUGCCUACUUGUGGGCACUCAAUCUAAUAGUGCCUACUACCCCUUAACUGGCCACAGGCCUAAGGCCUGAGUUUUAGCCAUGCGCAUAGUGCCUGCCUACCAUGGGGCAGGUUGGGUGAACUGGGCCUAAUGCCCAGUCAUCUUAUACACCUACAGGGGCCACACUUAACUGAUAGGGCCUAGUGCCCUCUGACAUGCCCACAGGCCUAAGCUUGAACUGAGCCAAAGGCCUAGUGCGCGAUCUCUGCACCCUGAGCCAAAGGGCCCGCCUUGUGCGCCACAGGCCUAGUGUCUGAUUUUGACCCUAUGGGCCUAAUGCCCAAAAUCUGAUGGUCUAGUGGCGAAAGGGGUAACUUGCGUGCCUCACUGUGGGCCUACCUACCCCGUUGGAGAAGCGCUGCCCGAUCCUCAACUUCUGUCUUUGGCCGCCGACCCUUCUCCAUGUUCAGCCGGCGCUGGAGGUCUUCUUUCUUGAUGGCAGCGCAUUCAGGCCUCUUCCGCAGCCUCAGGAACUGCCAACUCCUCCCCUUUGCAGAGUCUUUUCUGGUGACCUGGGCCAAGCGCCCAGCAUCACUCCUUAUAUGCGGUUCAGGCCUAUGGGCCUGCCUACUUAUGGGCACGCAAACUAAUAGGGCCUAGUACCCCUUAACUGGCCAAAGGUCUAAAGCCUGACUUUUAGCCAUGGGCCUAGUGUCUGCCUACCAUGGGGCAGGUUGGGUGACCUGGGCCUAAUGCCCAGAGUCACAUUAUACACCUACGGGGGCCACAUUUAACUGAUAGGGCCUAGUGCUCUCUGACAUGCCCACAGGCCUAAGCCUGAACUGGUCCACAGGCCUAGUGCUUGACCUCUGCGCCCUGGGCCAAAGGGCCCGCCUCGUGCGUCACAGGCCUAGUGUCUGAUUUGACCCCAAGGGCCUAAUGCCCCAAAUCUGGUGGUCUAGUGGGGAAGGGGGUGACUUGCGUGUCUCACUGAGGGCCUACCUACCCUUUUGGAGAAGCGCUUCCCGGUCCUCAACUUAUGUCUUUGGCCGCCGACCCUUCUCUGCGUUCAGGCGGCGCUGAUGAUCUUCUUUCUUGAUAGCAGCGUAUUCAGGCCUCUUCCGCGGCCUCAGGAACUGCUCCUGCAGUAUCCUCUUCACUCUCCGGCCGCCGGAAUCCCUUCUUCUUUCUUCCAUGCCGUCCGUCUUCUUUGGUCCCAGCAGGGGCAGCCCAGCAUCUCCAGAAAUGCUGGGCACACCCCCAAAGUGUUGCGCCUUCCAAAGCUCCUGUCAAUCCUCCAGGAGGUUUCUUCAAACAAACUGCUAUCAGACAUCGGUGCUUAUAACACUGUUGUCAUCUUGAUAAAGACGCCGCACACCGUCGAAAUGUAUAGAAACAGUGUUUGUUAUUGGUCUGACAACCAAAAUCCAUAUUUCUGAACCCACUGCAUAUUGAUACCCGGGUUACAUCUUCCAGUGGAUUGUAUAUAACAUCAUUAUGGUACAGUUGUCUUGUCCAAUUGUAUGUAUUUAUCACUUCUAAUAAAUACUUUUGGAUUAGAAUACGGUCCUUUCUGGUUCCAUAUAUAUGUUAUUUGAGACAUCAGUCUCUAUUAUUAUCCAGUCAUAGUGACUACAGAAGUCCAAAGAAACCUUUAUGUGCGUCGCACCUAUUUGUUACAAGUAAGCAUACAUGUAAAAAUCUGCUCAAGUUUGCAUCGAACACCACUUUGGGUGUCAACGUAAAGGAAUGAGAGACUUAUAAUUGGAUUGGCACCAUCCACACACUCUUCCCUUCCUUGUAUCACCGACUGGUGGAGCUGUGUUUAUUUGCAGUAUUAUACUAUUGUGUGAUUUUCUUGUUUCUAUGUGAUUACCAUCGGACAUUACAUCCUUUGACUCUAUUGUGAAAUCACCACAUUGAGGACCAACAAAAGUUUGGGACAUUUUAAAGCGCAAGUGAGGUUGUACCCUUUUUCUUUUCAAUAUGUUGUUAUAGGUUGGUGACCUAUUUUGUGCUAUCUUGUGCUACUUCAUUGUGCAGCGCCAUAUGAGGAAUUGUUUAUUGUAUUAUUUGGCUCCUGCCCGGCCUCUGAUGUCAUACAGGGGCGGUGUCUAUGAUGCAACCAGCGCUGAUUGGCUACAGCAGAGUAUACUAAGGCGCCUGCUGUGGUAUCUCCUCCCUUUUUGCUCACCUCUGUGACUUCAGCUUCGGGGGUGGAUUUUACUUUUUCAGAGUUUAAUGAAGAACUGAGAGAAGAUGAAGCUGUUUUCUCGGCGGAGGCAUCGGUGGAGUUCAGGUGAGGCACAGCUAGAUUAAGGGAGGGCCCAGGGGAUACGUUACCCCGGGCCGGCCCCAUAGCCUCUCAGGGCCCCCCUGUGCUGGACCAAUUUGUUUUUCAGAGAUGGAGACAACCUUGUCUCCAUCUCUGCAGCGGACAGGGCCACCCCCAUGCACAAUCAGAGCACCUGCCUGGCUGCUCCUCACAGAGAGCUCUGAUCGGCAGAGCUCUCUGCAUUGGAUACAUUGCACCCACCCACAGCUGAGGCCGGGAGCUACUGAGCAUGUGCAGUAGCAGCUCAGCUCACAUGGACUCCGGCAGUGACUCUCCUCUUACUCUUUUGGUUAAUUUUGUAUUUUGUGUGUGUAUGCAUGUGUGUGUAUUUGUAGGUAUGCGGUGUGUAUGUAUGUAUGUAUGUAUGUAAGUAUGUAUGUAUGUAUGUAUGUAUGUAUGUAUGCUGUGUGUUUGUGUGUAUGCUAUGUGUAGGUAUGCUGUGUGUGUGUAGGUAUGCUGUGUCUAUAUGUGUUUGUGCGUGCUAUGUGUGUUUAUGCUGUUUAUGUAUGUAUGUAUGUAUGUAUGUAUGUAUGGUGUGUGUAUGUAUGCAUAAUAUGUGUGUAUCUGUGUUUGUAUGUAUGCUGUAUGAUUAUGUAUGCUGUGUGUAUGUAUGCUGUGUAUGUGUAGGUAUGCUGCAUGUAUGUAUGUAUGUAUGUAUGUAUGCUGUGUGUGUUUGGAUGCAUGCUAUGUGUGUGUGUGUGUGUGUGUGUGUGUGUGUAUGAUGUGUGUAUGUAUGCUAUAUGUGUGUGUAUUCAUGAUAUGUGUGUUUGUAGGUAUGCUGUGCAUGUAUGUAUGUAUGAAUGUAUGCAUGUAUGUAUGUAUAUAUGCUGCGUGCGUGUGUGGAAGUAUGGUGUGUGUUUGUAUAUAUAUAUGAUCGCAUGCUGACCACUGCCCAUCGCAGGUCAAGGCCACCCAGUAUGCUGACCGCCACCCACCCUCCCCCCUUGAGCAAGCGGAAUUUGCGAUUGCAAAGCAAUUUCUGCUUGAUCGCAAAAAAUGGGUAGUCUCCUGCCGGCGCAGACAACCGACAUUUUUCUGAUUGCAGCGGCUGUGUGUGACAUAAUGCAGCCAUCCCGACCAUGCCCCUGCCGCACUCCGUUCACGCCGCCGCACACCUGCAACGCUCCAUUUCCACCUAGGAAUUAUAACGUUACUGCCCAACUAACGUCCACCCCCCCCCCCCCGCCCGCGAAUGCCUCUGCCUGAUUGACAUGCAGAGGUGUUCACAUUUUCUGCUGGAGCCCGCAGGAAAUGUGGGUGCAUGCGCAGGACAGGCCCUGCGGAUUUGCCCGCUUCCUUUUAGUAAUUCUUGCAGUUGGAUCGUGAAUAGUCGGCCACAGUCCUCAGGGCGCCCCCUUGACUUGAGUUCCCUAGACCCCCAUAGCCUUAAUCUGGCUCUGAGAUGAGGCACCGGGGGAGUCAGACGAUGAUGAUCGAUCUUCCUCCUCCUCUUUGCUGUCACCUUCUGCUACUAGUGCGGUCGGGGCAUUGAAGCAUUCUGCUAAGUAUACUAGACAAGAGGCUGUUAGGUGUGGCUAAGCUCCGGCGGGUUUAGAUAGUUUGCGCAGGGCUUAGCAGCGUUUAGGCGCAUGCAGGACUUGUUGCGCUGUUUGUUGGUCUUGUACGUCUCCCCCUGUCCUCCCUACUCGGGGAUUAGCUACUCGUCACUGUUGGCAGUGGGAGUUUAGAGGGAUUUAACAUUUUUUUACCUGGACUGACGGACUUAAUUUGGCUUAAUUAUACUUGAUUUGGCUAAUUGAAUUUUAAUUAUAUGUCCCUCAGCAGGUUUUAAGUUUUACCUCUAGCCGAGUUUACUUGUGUGACCCCCCCCCCCACACCAUUUAUUUGUUUUACCUCCUAUCCUAUUGUAUCUAUAUGUUGCUUCGAUUGGCCUGAAGCUCGUUUACAUGGAAUUUCCAUGCUAUUUUUUUUCUUUUUGGCAGAUCCUCAUUUCAUUAUGUUUCCAACAGAACUGUUUCUAUUUUACAUGUCAGUUUGAGCGUUUUAUCUGGUUCUUUCCAUCCCUUAUAGGUUUGCUGGGCGAUAGGAUUGCAUGGCUGUCCACUCAUGUCUUCUGAUCGGCUAGGUUUAUGGCUUUAAGUUUACGCCUUUAAAGCUCAUUUAAAUAAAUAGAUAACAGU